AUGGAAUUCUCCAAUUUUAUCAUUGGCCCGGGAAAAGAAGAAUCAGAAUUGGAUGAAGAAACGGAGAUAAUUCCUCAGUUUUUAUCUUCUUCUUUACAGUUAAAUUCAAUUUCGUGUCCUUCUGAUAAUGUUAUGGCAAUGCAUAUUGGCUUUACUCUCCAUUCAGCAAUCAAUCGCUCAGCAGAUCGCAAAAUCUUGAUGUUUAAACGUAGCAUGAAACAGAGAAGUGACUUGAGACGCUCACCAAAUCCCGCAUUUCAUGGUCACCCUUUGCCUCUCUGCGGUACCGCUGAAUUAGGAUAUAAGCCAUGCACCAGCCGAGGUGUAGCUGAUAAGCUAUUCCAGUCAUGCUGCAAUAUCUAUGUCCCAAAAGAAUGCCGCUCAUUGUGUGUUUAUGAAACGAAUCAAAAUGCUACGCGUGAAUUGCUCAUUUCAAUACUGCGUGAGAGGAAGUGCAGUUUAGAGUAUUUGUCUAGCAUCCUUUACUGUGCAUCGCAGAAUCGUGAUAACCGCAAGUGCUGCACACAUUUAAAUUUAAAUGAUCCACAACUUCAGGUGGGCAGUCGAUGUUUACGGAUGUGCGACCCAACUGGAACGGCCAUUGAACAAAUUACGAUGGAGGAUGCCACCUGUAUGUACAACUGGAACGUUAUCAUGUAUUGUCAUCAUAGUGGUAUACGGGAGAUGUGA